AACACUGAGUCUUCUGAAGGCACGUCUGAUGUGUCUGCCCAUCCCAAAUGAUUUACGUAUACUUAGUUUCAUACUGUAGCUAGCUACCUUUGUAGCUCAUGUGCUUAGCGCUGCAUCACAUUAACUGGAAAGUAAUUUAGGAAAGGAAAAACAACAUAAACAAGCACGUAGUUUAAUAUCUGCUAGUUCAAAUUUUCAGUUUAGUUUACAAAUAUGUACGGAAACAACAAAUUUGUCAGCCCUUUCCACAGACCUCGGUGUUUGGCAGCCGCUGCUCCAGCCGGCAAAGCGAAAUUAACGCACCCUGGCAAAGCGAUUUUAGCAGGUGGAAUUGCUGGAGGGAUCGAGAUCUGCAUCACCUUCCCCACAGAGUAUGUGAAGACCCAGCUGCAGCUGGAUGAAAAGGCCAACCCCCCACGUUACAAGGGUAUUGCGGACUGUGUGAAGCAAACCGUGCAGAGCCAUGGUGUGAAAGGAUUGUAUCGAGGUCUCAGCUCCCUGCUCUACGGCUCCAUUCCCAAAUCCGCUGUCAGGUUUGGUGUAUUCGAGUUUCUUAGCAACCAGAUGAGGGAUGAGACAGGCAAGCUGGACAGCAAGAGGGGACUGAUCUGCGGGCUGGGCGCAGGUGUGGCCGAAGCCGUGCUGGUGGUAUGUCCCAUGGAAACAGUGAAGGUUAAGUUCAUCCAUGACCAAAGCUCAGCUAAUCCUAAAUACAGAGGUUUCUUCCAUGGGGUGAGGGAAAUUGUACGACAGCAAGGACUUAGGGGAACAUAUCAGGGGUUAACCGCAACAAUCCUGAAGCAGGGCUCCAACCAGGCUAUCCGAUUCUUUGUCAUGACCUCACUGAGGAACUGGUACAAAGGUGAUAACCCCAACAAGGCCAUGAACCCUGUGGUCACAGGGUUGUUUGGUGCCAUUGCCGGGGCAGCCAGCGUGUUUGGGAACACCCCACUGGAUGUGAUUAAAACCAGGAUGCAGGGUCUGGAGGCUCACAAAUAUAAAAACACUGUGGACUGUGCCAUUCAAAUCAUGAGGCACGAGGGGCCUGCAGCGUUCUACAAGGGGACCAUUCCACGUUUAGGACGUGUCUGCCUGGAUGUUGCGAUAGUUUUUAUAAUCUAUGAUGAGGUGGUAAAAGUACUGAACAAAGUUUGGAAGACCGAGUGAGGAGGAGGAACACAACUGGCCUAGCCAGCAUGGCUUAGGGCUGGCCCUGUGACAUCACUGUGUGACCGAAGAUGGGGACAGUCUAUAAAAAAUGGGUGUGCCAUAGGCGGUGCUUUAGUCCACUUGUAGCAACAUUUUAACUAGUAUGUACUAUAUCUAAUUUUAGCAAUGUCUGUUACUUACAGGUUUGAUAGGGUGGAGGGAUUUUAUGGGCUGAAAUGGAUGUGUUGUUUAAAGUCCCCAGUGUCUUCAUCAUGGGUUCUACUAAGCCAUGUGAAGCAGGGCAGCCAGUGACCUAGGCCAUAUCAGUGUUCUAGCCUAAAUGCACUGUGGGUCCAAAUGAGAUUAUGUGACCAAGGCUUUCAUAUUGCUUGACAUGAGUUGCCAAGUGAAAGUUGUUUUUUUUUUUUUUUUUUUGUCUGCUGCCAAAAUAUGACCUGAUCUCUACUUGUAGUUACCCAGUCAUAACUACCGAGUCAUUUGAAUGCUGAUUCUGUUGCUGCUGUUUGCCACAUGGCCUUUGCCAAGUUGAUUUGCACUCUGACUCUGAAGGGGUCCAGUCCAAAGAGUCAUCUGUAACCUUUUAUUUCCCCCCCAAAAAAACAUUUUUAUCAGGCACUGAUCAACUGCUCCUGGUUCAUUGAGUCCUACACUGAAUCACAAGUUUAAUUCAGCCACAUAUUGUGUAAAGGACACUUAGGAGGGUUCUUUACCAAAAUGAAACCUAGAGAAAGAGUUUCAUUGGUUACGCCUUCCAUGUAUAUACUGGCCCAAUUUAGAACCACCCCCUAGUUCCUCCCCCUUGACCCUUCUUGACCCCCCUCUCCAGAGAUCUGGA